CUGAAAGCGACCCGGUAGUUCGUCGUCUUUGUUCUCGUAAUGAGCGGGGAAACCGUUCAGGCGACCUUUUUGUGCUUGCUAGGAGUGCUCUUAGUGGUACCUGCCUUCCCUUAGCUUUGAGUGGACACGGACCUUUCUCUCCACAGUGGACAUUUGAGCCACGACGUGCUGAAGCAGAGCAACUAGUCUGUUUAUCGAGUUACCUCAUGCUAACGAGUAGCGCUAGCUGGGUUCUGACAAAGCAGCUAACAGCGGCGAAGGUGAGCUUUUAGCUACUGACUUUUAUCACUGACAGGUUUAUUCACACCGAAAAAUCAUAUGUGAGGUAAACUUUAAACAGCUCGCUCAGUGGUGAGUAACCUGUAGGGCAGCUGACCGCUGUGUUAGCAAAGCUGCACGAUGUUGACGUGGAGCUGGAUACCAAACUGCACGCGUAAACCAACCUUUCUACUUGUUUGAGGAGUUAACAAAUGCGUUUCGAGAGGCUGAAAAAAGUUUGUUUUGUUUUUUUGUUGGGAAGGGCUGGCCAAAGAAUAAGCUAACUGUUGGCUAACGCUGAGCUGAAGCUUUCGUCAACUUUCCCAGUUCCUCUGUGCUAAAGUGUCGCUGAAAUACUGAAAGCACCCUCGAAGAUUGUCAGCUGAAACCAAACAUGUAGACUGUUCUUCUGGACUUUAAAUGGUGGAGUCUCGUUAAGAGCAGAGCCCUGUAAGUAAUGUAGGGUGGGGGCGAGUGUAACCUUUUGUCUGCUGAACUGCUCGAACACACCCACAGGUGUGGCGAUGACCCGAGGACGUCACGUUGCCCAGGCCUGAGGCCUCCUGAACAAGUAUUUCAACUUCAUAACUGCACCGACAGCGAGUGCAUGCUUUUCUCUGAAGCUCGGGAAGCCAACAGGACGUGAGAACUGACGAUUUUAACCGAGGUCUAACAAGCUCCGCGAGCAGACAUGGCAGCUGUGGUGGGCAAAGCGUGGGGGUGGGUCCGCUCAUGGGGCAGCAGCGGUGCCAGGUCAAAGGACACUAACGUUUUGACAGCUGAGCGCCAAAAGCUGCGUGGCAGUGGUGGUUGGGGCAUCAAGGCUUGGAUCUGGGGCUCAUGGGGACGUCAGCAUGAACUAAGCAGUCCAGUAGAGGAGUACUGGGAGGCACAGGAGAAGCUUCAGCCCAUUAAAAUUGAAGAUCUGGCGGCAGGGAAGCCAGAGGCUGAAACUGUACUGGUGCCUAGGUGGUGGGAUAGAUAUCUUCCAACUUCUUAUCUGUGGCCAAGGAAAACUGAGCUAAGUGGACUACGACACAGGAAACGUGACGGUGGGACUGGAGAUCCACGGGAACGUGAUACUGAUGGAGACUUUUCUGAUUAUGGAACCCCCCCUCCGUCCCCCACCCCUUCUCCCUCUCAGCUGACUUCUCCUUUUCGACUGUUUGCACACAGCUGGAACGUGGAGAUUGUACCAGAGCACUACGAGAUCUGCUUUAACUUCCUACGCCACUUGUUUGACCUGUUUGUUGUUGGCUUCCUGUGGACUGUGUCACCUCCUGCCAAGCUUAUCCUGGAGGUGCUGGGUGUCCAGGGAGCACUGAGACUGUGGUUUCAUGGUAUGGCUAUGUUUUUUGUCGCCACAGUUGGAAUGGCAGGAUUACUCUGGUUGAUCCAGGAGUAUCUCCUGCAGUUUGCCCUGAUCUAUGGCAUCAUUCAGGCGUUGGUGAUCUCUGUCAGUGUUCGACAGAGUGUGAUGCUAGGUGUUGAGGAAGAGAAUGACCAGACAGGAAAGGACACUGAUGACACGAGAGACACUAAGGAACACAAAGACAAGCCUGUGUCUGUCAAAGACAAGGUAAAGACAAAUUAAAGGUGGAGAGAAUUUGCUGGCACCACCAGUACUCCAGCUGUAUCACACCUCCUCCAGCCCUCUGACGUCACAGCGGUGGGACUGAGACUGUGGACUGCAGCGUGUGUUCUGCAGCGUAACUUAAGAAUUGUAUUGCACAUUAAUUUCAUAUUCAGAGAAAUGAUACUUGUGGCACUUUAUGUCCAGCACUACAGAUCUGCAUCUGUGUUCAGUUGAUCUCACUGAUAACUGUUGUAAUCUACACCAGAAGAGCUCAUGAAUGUUCAGAGAAUGCUUAAGUGAAAGGGGAAAUCGCCAGCAGGUACCCGUUUCUGUUUUCUUCUUGUUUGUGGGACUACUCUUCCCAUGAGACAGUCACUUGAUUUGAGACCAGCCGAUUGCCUCCAGUGCGUUGUGUUGGUGAGUAGAACAGCAAAUCUUAGAGAGGACAGAUGCAGCAUUUAUGAAGAGAGCCUCACUGAGACACUUUAGGUGAAGCAGAAAUAUCUUUGGGUCUCUUAAACACAGCGAGGAGCAGGAAUAAACUCUGAACAGAAGUCUUACUGAACAGCACCACCGACAGUUUGCGCCUGCAUCCACUGGCCAGUUUUAGUGUGCCUCCUAAUGUUUAGCUCUUCUGACCGUGUUCAUUGUGUGGGGGGCAAAUUUAAAUCUGCCGUAUGGCCCCGCUCAGUUUGAACUCAAUUGAAGCUUGGCCAUGUCCAACACAGCUGAUUUAAAUGACCUCAACAUGUCUUGAAGUUCUUCAGAGGCUGGUAAUGAACCAAUCAUCUGACUCAGGUGUGCUGACCCAGGGUGAGAUCUAAAACCUGCAGGACACCAGCUCUCAAGGCCUGGAGGUCCCCACCCCUGGUUUAGACUCUGUGAUGGUACUGACCUGUGACUUUGAGCUUGUAUCCAGGACACCGUACCGGCUCACUCAGUGGAACAGGGAGCUAAUGUGAAUGUUUGUGUCGCCUGCAGGCGAUCCAAGCUAGUAGCAAACACCACUGGUGAGCUAUAGCUACUCAAGACACGCACACUACAGCAUAGACCACAGGUGUUGAACUCCAGGCCUCGAGGGCUGGUGUCCUGCAGCUUUCAGAUGUCUCCUUGAUCCAACACAGCUGAU